AUGGCGGCUGUCGCGAGCGCUCGCUACAAUGAAUGCGCCGGCAUGGUGCCAGGAGUACAGCAGGAAUGCUGGAAACUGGCGGUGAACACACUACUGGGUGACGUGUGGGCGACACUUAUUAUGGGAAAUAAGACGGCCUUGUGUCGGGAUAAGAAGAUGGACAAUCAGCCGGGCGUUAUUACGGAACUGGCUUUCACGUCUCCCGCCCCGCCCUCGUACACUCAACCGCCGCCGCCUUAUGAAGAUGCCGUCAACGAUUUACCGCCAGAAUAUGAGACUUUGGAGGCGCUUGCGGAGCGGAAAACAGGUGUGCUACCGGUGGCGCUUCCGUUGCUAGCUGAAAAGGCCAAAUCAAAGUCAAUGGACCAAUCCUCUGUAUUGAAAGAUCGCAGGAGGGACAUUGAUAUUGAUUUUGAGAGCACGGUGGGCAUUCGGGAACAUAAGAAAAAGAAGGGUGGAGCAAAUAAGAAGCCCAUAGCUUCUACGCCGGCGGCAAAUGCUGGUGGCUCGGACGGGGCAGAAGAACCGUCGAAUGGGGAUGGUGGUGGCGAUGCGGGUGGAAGUGGAGGUGGAGAUGCAGGUGCCGGAGGAGGCGAUGGGGGCGAUGGGGGUGACGAUAGCUGGGGAGAUGGCUGGGCUACAGCCGGGUCUAAAAAGAAGAGUAAGAAGGAAGAGGAGGAGGAAGAGGCAGAACGACUAGCAAAAGAAGAAGAGGAACGGAAGGCUGCCGAAGCGUCUGCUGCGAACAAUCUCAGCUGGGCUGAUGAUGGGGAUGCGGGCGACGAUGCUUGGGCUGGCGUUGGAAAGAAAAAGGGCAAGAAAGAUGCACCGGUAGACGAUUUUCAGGAUAUCGGCCUGAACGAUGGUGCGCCACAAUUGGACUUGAACUUCGAUACAGGGCCAAAAACUGGCGGGACUGGGUUUGGCUUUGGUGGUUGGGGUAAAUCCUGGAAUACUGGCGGUUCAGACAACAAGAUGGGACUUGGGGCCAUUGAGCCCGAGCCAGAGGAACCAGAACCGGAGCCUAUCAAAGACAUCACCCAGGAGGCUUGGUACCUUAAUCUUUCCAAGAAGGAACAACGCAAGGCAAAGAAGGAACAUGAAAAGAAGGUAAAAGAUGCUCAGGCUGAGGCGGAUGCUAGAGCCAAGGCAAAAGAGGAAGCCAAGGCCGCUAAGGAAGAGCAGGAACGCUUAGCGAAGGAAGAGGAAGAAAAGAAGGCACAGGAGGAAGCAGAUAGGCAGGCCAAAGAGGAGGAAGAAGCCAAGAAAGCCCAGGAAGAAUCUAAUGACUGGGGUUGGAAUGUCCCAUCCAAAAAGGACAAGAAAAAAAAGAUUGAUCUUCUGGCCGACCCCUUACCCGCACCUGAUCCUCCAACAGACAGUGGCUGGAUGGGUGAUUGGGGAACAGCGGGGAAGAAGAAAAAGCCCAAGGAUCCAGAGCCGGCCCCGGAACCUAAAGAAGACGACUGGCCUAGCUGGGGUGCUGCAACGACCAAGGACAAGAAGAGUAAGGGCAAAGUCGAACCGGAGCCUGAACCCGUACCUGAGCCUGAACCCGAACCCGAGCCUGAACCGGAGCCUGAGCCUGAACCUGAACUAAAGCGAGAGCCUCUUGAUCCUCUUUAUGAAGACUGGCACACUAUAAGUUCGAAGGAGCGAAAGAAGCGAGAGAAGCAGCUCACACGAAAAGGACUCCCUAUCCCUGGAAAAGACGGCUUUGAGCUUCCCUCUGAUAAGUUGCCUGAACCUGAACCUGAGCCCGAGCCCGAGCCCGAGCCUCCUGUCGAAGCUGAACCAGAACCGGAGCCUGAGCCGGAGCCUGAACCUGAGCCUGAGCCUGAACCUGACCCCGAGCCAGUGAAAGUAGUGGAAGAGGAGAGUUGGGGAGGAGCCUGGGGCGUUACUAAGACCAAGAAGAAAAAGAAGGGCAAAGAUAUUGAAGAACCGCCACCUCGCGCUCCUACUCCUCCUCCUCAGGGCCUAACACCAGAACCAGAAGCUUUCAAUGAAGGCAAUGAUGAUAUCUGGGCAGAUCUUGCCCCCAAGAGCUCAAAGAGCAAGAAGACGAAAGCUAUUGAGCCACCUAAGGAAGAAAAGCCUGCGGCCAAGGGCUUUUGGGCAACGAUUACGGGAGGAUCAGCACCAAAGAAAUCCACCAAGAAAGACGAACCUUCUAAGGAAGAAGAUCUUCUAAUCGACGUUGAAGAUGAUCCCCCUGCUGAACCCGAACCUGUGCUCGAGCCAGAACCCGAGCCGGAACCAGAGCCGGAGCCUGAACCAGUGAAGUCAAAGGCUAAGAGCACCGCUAAAUUAUCCGUUGCUGAGCGUAUUAAGCAACUGGAACAGGCUAAAAAGGACAAGGUGAAGGAGAGCUCUAAGUCAAAAUCUAAAGAGAAGAAGCUUAAUCCCGAACCGGAGCCAGAACCUCCCGCUGAGGAGCCAGUGAAGAGCUCUAGGUCCAAGAAGGAUCCAGAGGCAGAAGAAGAUAGACAGCAUUCUAGAGACUCAGUUCCAGGUAGUUUCCCUGAUGAGCCUCCUGCUGAGCCAGAGCCUGAACCUGAACCUGAACCAGAGCCGGAGCCAGAGCCAGAGCCAGAACCCGAGCCUCCAGCUCCCGAUCUUUCAAAAAUGUCAAAAAAGGAACUGAAGAAAUACAAGAAAGCUCAAGCUGCAGCCGAAGCCGCCAAGGAAUUUGCUCCGCCCCCACCCCCAGACCCGGAACCCCCGGCCCCGGAGCCCGAGGCUGAACCAGGAACUGAGGCUGAGGCUGAGGCUGAGCCAGCUGCAGAAGUUGAUGACGGGGCUCCUCCGACACCACCCCCUGAAGAACCAGAGGAAAAGCCUUUCAAGUCCUCUAAGAAAGAUCGUCCACGCGCUGAACGCACUAAUACAUCCUCUGGCUGGGGUUUCUGGGGUGCGGCGACACCAGCCAAAAAAUCUAGCAAAAAGGAGCCAAAACCUCUAAAAGAGCCAGAACCCGAGCCUGAGCCAGAGCCUGAGCCAGAACCUGAGCUGGAGGCUGAGCCGGAAGCUGCACCAGAGCCAGCGCCGGAGCCUGAGCCAGAACCAGCGGAAGCAGAGGCUCCAGAGGAAGAAGCACCCAAGGAACCCCCAAGGGAGAAGAAAAGAUCCUCCAAGGAAAAGGAUUCCAGAAGAAAGGAAAGCACUCAAGCGGAACGGUCAAAGCCGACAAAAUCUCGACCAAAGGAGCCUGAGUCUCGACCGAAGGAGUCUGAUCAAGAGAUUGAAAAGUCCUCGACUUCAGACCGAGAGAAGCGACGAGAACGCGAGGCGCGCACCCCGAAGCAGCAACGUGCCUCGGCACUAUCCAACUUUAUCCUUGGUGCUCCUCCAGCCGCGCGAACUAAAUCAAUGCGUAAGACAGGGACGUCGAAAUCAGCUUCGAGGCCUGUGUCACGAAGACCAUCUGUUGACAUGGAUGGCGAGGGUACCAUGCCGUCCCCACCCCCGGAUGAUAAGCCUGAGAUGCCCGAUAAGGCAGCCAAACUGAUGGGUACAUCUAAAUCAAGGCGUGAACGCCCGCGCAUGGAGAAACGAAGAUCAGCUCCUCGGGAUCCCUAUGCUAUCGAAGACGAUGACUUAGUCAUGGUCGACGCAGAAGACGCUGGCGGCCAAUCGCCCAAGGAGGGCUCCAAGGGAUCUGCACCAUCAAAGCGUAGAUCCAGAAGAGAGUCGCGAGCAAGGCCGGAGGAGGACGAUGCUGUCAUGGUGGAUGCGGAUGGGCCCGAUGACGCCGUACUUGUCGAUUCCCCAAGAGACCCCAGGGAACGACGCUUGAAGCGUGCUAACACAGCUCCACCAAAGAAGCAAGAGUCCGGCGGCUUAAUGGGCCUAUUUGGCUCUUUCAGAAAGAACACUACUCGCCCAGAACGUCCAGAACGUCCGGAGCGCCCAGAAAUGCCAGACCGACGAAGAUCCCGCUCAUACCGCGACGAAGAAGCAAGAAAUAUGACUGAGCCAGAACGCGAAGAUCGACGAGCACGACGUGAUGAUCGUCGCCGGCGAUCUGUCAGACCUGACACAGAUGUAGAAGGAUUCACCACCGAUGCUGCUGGUGCAGCGAUGGGCGAAACGGAAGCCGAAGACGCCGAAGCUCGUAGAGCCGCCCGACGAGCGAAGCGCACAUCUCGACAAGCUCCUUCUGAUACACGCGAAUUGGAAGCACGGGAAGCCGAGGAAAGACGGGCCAGACGUAAAGAAAAGGACAGAUUACGCGAGCAACAGGCUAAAGAAGAAGAGGAAGAGCGUCGUCGCGUCCGUCGUGCUGCACGAGAGGAGCGACGUGCCCGAGAAGAACAAGAAGCCCGCGAAGCCGAAGCUGCUGCUGAAGCCAAAGCCGCAGAGCGACGCGAACGCCGCCGUUUACGCGAAGAGGAAAUGGCGGCAAAGGCUAAACGCCGCCGUUCCCGCGCUGAAGAACCACCGGCCCAAAACAUCUACCCACCCGAAGAACGACGUCGCGGCUCCCGCACAGCGGAUGACUCAAAGUCUCGUCGUAGACCCAGGCCUAUCAUCCCAGACGCACCCGAGGAAGAUCCUGUCAUGACUGGCGGACUCAACCACGGCGCGCCAAAGAAAGACAAGACAUCGUCAUGGGUCUACUCUCAAGCUGAUGAACCCCCUGAGCCUCCACAGAUCGUCCCGACCUUUAUCGAUAUGCCUCCAGCUGCAGCUGCAGCCGCAGAGAACCUUAACGCGCACUCUCUUUCUUCAGACGAGGAAGCUCGUCGUGCUGUCCGUCGUCGUGCUCGCCGCCGUGCUAAAUACGGUGAAACGGCCGACGAAGAGAACGAGGACAACCGUUCCCGCCGUCAGCCUUCACGCCGGGACCCUAAGAGCAGCUCUGGAAGUGGCGAUUACGAGCGUGAUCGUGGUAUGAGGUCCCAUGGAAGUCGACAAGGUGCCCCUGCACCUCCUAGCUCGGGAGCGAAGAAGUCAAGCUGGUUGCGCAAACUUGCAAAUUUCUAA